AUGGUCAAGGCGGAGCCCAGGCCAAGCAUUGUUGUUGGUGGCAGCUGCAGUGAGAGCAACAAGCCUGGCGUCCAGCCUCCAGACCUGUGGAUCCAUCACGGCCACUUGGAGCUGAAGAACUUUGACAAGGGUGAGCGCAGCAACUCCCCCAACCACGCCUCCAUCAUCCAGCACACAGCUGAAGAUCAACAACAAGGAGAUGACGGCGCUAGACCAGAUGCUUGGGGCACUCCUGGAGGCUCUGCAGGACAAGGCCAAGGAAACAAAGUGGCCAGGCUCUGGGACCGAGGCACAGAGAGCCAAGACGGCCGAGGGUUUAUCAAGACUGACAACAACGUGACGGUCAAAGUGUUAGAGGACUGCCAGAACCAUGACAGUACUGCCGGGAGUGUCAUCGGGAAGGCGUGUUCACCUGCUGCCAGAUGUGUUCCACCUCAAGUGUGCCGGCAUGAAGGAGGAGCCGGAGGAGGAGGGGAGUGCCAUGCCGUCAUGCAGGCAGAGAACACAGAGAACAGCUCUGAAAAAUGAAGAAAGGAAGGAAGGAAGGAAGAUAAUCUCAGAAGACUCAUACAGUCCAUUACACGUCCUUCAUGUUAUGUUAUUACAUUCCUGUACUCCCAACGCCCGGCCCGGGGGUCCAGCCGCAACACUCACAAGGUCCAGAUGCAGACUGCGGCCACCACUUGAGCAGCCCGGCUGCUGUACGCCAAUCCUUAUUUAGUUGUGUUCUUGUAGAGUUAAAUCCAGACAUCCCAUAUCCUUAGGCCAGGUCAAAAGUAAAGUUUGGUGUGCAUGGCCUCAGUGUUCAUCUCUGUUACACUGCCCCUGGAGGCUGUGGGGGCAGGAAUCCAGCACCCCGGGACACAGGGAGACACUCAGACUACCACAGGUGCCUCCCCAGGGGUCUCCAGGUACACAUGAUCACCCAGACACAAAGGAUGACCUGCAUACUGACUGCCCAGGCCGGGAUUCAAACCCUGGCCAGCGGAUUGGUAGGUAGGCAUGCCAGCCACAGCACCAUGGAGCCAUGUAUUAUACUAGUACUUGGCACUGGUAUCCUAUGCUAUUUAUUCCUGGCUAGUUGGACACCAGAGAUUUCCUGUAUUAAUUUCAUGGGUUUUCUGUUAUAUAUUUGUUUAUUAGGUGUAUCUUUUGAUUUAGUUUCAUCAUGAUUUUUAUUGUUAUUUAGUGAAGCAGCUCAAGGGAAACUGUUGUUGUUCUGGAUGCUUUCUUCCUCUCUCUCUUGUCACCUUUUUACCUCCCGUCCUCUCUCAUCUCUUCUUCCUUCUCUCUCUCUCUUUCUCGAAACCCAUUUGAAUGUAAUACAAAACACAAUUUGCAAAUUGAUAUUUUUAUUGCUAGAACACAAACACACACACAUACACAUAGUGACAUAAGGAAGGUCAUGUGGCUAUGUAGGGGGGCGGGUCAGGAUAGGGUCCAUUAUGUGUCUGGGGGAGGGCAUGUGUCUGUGGGAUGUUAUCAACUUCCUGUGGGUGACAUCCUGUGUGGCCUGUGAGCUGAGAGAGAGAGAGAGAGAGAGAGAGAGAGAGAGAGAGAGAGAGAGAGAGAGAGAGAGAGACUGACUGACUGACUGACUGACUGGUAGCCCAAGGAAGGAGUAGACAGGUAAACAGAUGAAGAAAGAUGCAUGAAAGGGAGGGAGAAAGAACUUGAGUGAUAAAUAAGGAAGUUAAACAGAGCUGAGAAAAAGGAAAUAUAUACAAGGUUAAUGUGUAUUUGAGGCUUUCAGAGGAGGUGGGACAUAAGGAACAGUCCUAUUUUUUUCUAGUUUGUACUGGGAAGGGAAAGUCUGGCUAUCCUACACAUCCCAGGAGGAACAAAACACAAGUUACAAGGGGAAAGCAACUCUUGGUACGCCCAACACAAGGUCGCUUUUCCCUUGCAACUUGUUUCUCAGAAUGCAUAGAAUAGCCGGACCUUCCUUUCCCAGUGCAGACUAGAACACAAUGGGCCUUUCCCUUACGUCCCCUCCCCUCCAAAUGCCUCAAAUAUGUGUGUGUGUAAUGAAAGAAAAAUGGAUAAAAACCUAAUGAAGAGAUAGAAAUAUGGAAUGGAAAGGAAGCAGAUAUGAGGAAGGAAUGGAGAGGGAGAGAGGGAAGAGACAGAGAGGGAAGAAAUAGAACAGGAAAGAAGGAAUACAAUGAACUGAGCACAAGAAGAAGGAACCUAACUGGAGUAUAAAAAGAUAGGGAGGAGAAAACACUUAUGUAUGUAUAUGUUCGUGUUGUAUGUACUAUUGAGACUGACUUGGAAAUUGAUGUAAGAAUAUAAAUUAAUAAACAUUAGAAAUAAGGAAUUUUCAAGUGUUUUCUCUGUGUGUCUGUGUGUGUGUGUGUGUGAGAGAGAGAGAGAGAGAGAGAGAGAGAGAGAGAGAGAAUGUGUAGA